UGCCGACAGUCACUCAUCCCUUUGCUUCUUGACUGAUCAGCAACAACCACACUCUCUAGGAUUCCCGUUCUGGGAAAGUUAAAGGAAAAAGGGAUUCUAAGGGAAUGGCCAAGGGCGUCGAGGUCGUCGAGCAACACGGGGAGUUCCACGCCAAGGACUACCGAGACCCGCCGCCGGCGCCGCUGGUGGACGCGGAGGAGCUCGUCAAGUGGUCCUUCUACCGGGCCAUCAUCGCCGAGUUCGUCGCCACGCUCCUCUUCCUCUACAUCACCGUGCUGACGGUGAUCGGGUACAACAGCCAGAUCGACCGGGCCCACAACGGGGACGAUUGCAGCGGCGUCGGCGUUCUCGGCAUCGCCUGGGCCUUCGGCGGCAUGAUCUUCGUCCUCGUCUACUGCACCGCCGGCAUUUCUGGGGGGCACAUAAACCCGGCGGUGACGUUCGGGCUGUUCCUGGCGAGGAAGGUGUCGCUGUUGCGGGCCAUCCUCUACAUGGUGGCGCAGUGCCUGGGCGCGGUGUGCGGGUGCGGCCUCGUGAAGGCGUUCCAGAGGGCCUACUACGAGCGGUACGGCGGCGGGGCCAACACGCUCAAGGACGGCUACAGCAAGGGCACUGGGCUGGGCGCCGAGAUCAUCGGCACCUUCGUCCUCGUCUACACCGUCCUCUCCGCCACCGAUCCCAAGAGGAGGGCUCGGGACUCGCACGUCCCCGUGUUGGCGCCCCUGCCCAUCGGAUUCGCGGUGUUCGUGGUCCACCUCGCCACGAUCCCGGUCACCGGCACGGGCAUCAACCCGGCCCGGAGCUUCGGGGCCGCGAUGAUUUACGGCAAGGAGAAGGCGUGGGAUGACCAAUGGAUGUUCUGGGUGGGGCCAUUACUCGGAGCGGCCAUUGCAACCUUCUUCCACCAGCACAUCCUGAGAGCCGCAGGUAUCAAGGCUCUGGGUUCCUUCAUGAGCUCUUCCAUCUUGUAA